AUGUCAUCUACUAGCCGCCUCUCUUCCCCAUCCAGGCCAACGCCAGCUGUGCCAUCACAUGAUGACACUGUCAGACAAGAUGCUCAUACUUCCGCUGGCCCCGAAGGCCGCACCAGCACCAACGGGAAUGGCGCCGGGAGUGCACGCGAGCAGCAGAGCCAAUUUAGGGCGACUUCCCUAUUACCUCCAACCAUACUGCACCCCUCAAUCGCUCCCGCACCCAUAGACCCAUCAUUGCGUCCAAAGCCUCUCCACCUUCACCAUGGCAGACCUCUGCAUAUGUCCUCCUCUCCCAACUCUGUUAAUUCCUCGCGAGAGACAUCUCCCAUACCGCGCAUACCGCGCUCAGCCAUUGCUCAAGCAGCCGCCCACUCACCGACGUCCACAUCUCGAUCCAUAUCCAGAUCACGGAAAGGCAGCAGAGAUCUUAGUAUACCUCGCUCUCCAAGCGGAGCCGCCGCUGUCUCUUCUUCACAAACACAACCACAGUCACAGAACGGCCAUAAGCAGCUUGCCGACGUGAACAAACCCUUGCUACCUCCGCCAGUCGACACGUUAGGACGUCUCUCUCCGAUCUCUCCGUCCUUUACAAACAAACCAAUCGAUUCACAAUUCCAACGCUCUCCAGGGCUGAAGUCACCUCAGCCACAGUCUAACCUAUCAUCCUUCAGCCUACCGGACAGCGUUCCUGAGUCAGCUCGACUGCCAAACCAGGAGAAAGAUAGUAGAUGUCAGCAGCAGCAGUCAUCUCAACAACAGCAACAACAGCAAUUGGAAAAACAGACUGAAGACUCCGAAGAUAGCCAAAUGCGGAGCAUUAGCCGUAACCUGUCCCGUACUGGGAGCGUGGCAGGUUCUAUGCUUGAAACUGUCGAAGAGGCUGGAACUCCUACACCAACCGAUUCUCAUACCACUCUAGAUUCUAAACUCGAUGAGAAAGAACGCGGGAAAGAUGAUACCUCGUCUAAACCUGGUGGUGAAAGUGGCUCGGACUCAAGCGGGAAGAAAAGAAUGGUUAGACGCCCCUCAGAUUCUCAUAGAAGGAAUCCUUCUGUCACAGCACGGCCGAAUGCGGGUGAUGUACUCCCAAAGCGGUCAUUCACCUCGCUCAGCUCUGCUCGUGGAAAGCCGGGAGAAAUAUCCAUGACCAACAUGACUGUAGAGACUGAGACAGUUAGCUCUGUUCCCCAGGUGCCCUUAGGCGGGCCAGCGACAGAACGUGGAGGAACUGGCACAUUAAGAGAACGUAGAAGUGAUGAGACUAUCCGGCCCAAGAAAGAAAAGAAGAAGGCAUCCAGGAAAACCACGGUGCCACCCGGAGGGAUGUCCUCGAAGGCGGAUAUCUUCGAAGCCAAGGUCGCUAGUGCAGUGGAUGAUGCGGACUCUUCCGACUCUGCGGAGACGUUUGUCUAUGAAUCUAAUCCCCGUGACCCUCAUCCAGCCCGCCAGCAUAGGUAUCAUUCUAGAACCCCUUCAACUGCUUCAGCCGUCAGUCAACUUGACCAGUACGGUGGCCGCACUCGAUCAGUCCUUCGUGACACUCCCGGUUUUCAUGGAAUUUCUGGCAAGCGAAGUAUGAAGUUUACUAACAAUACCUACAACACUUUUGACGGUGACGAUACUAUGUCUUCCGGACGUGGCAGCUCACGAAUUAACGGCCAUAAUAUUCAUACCACCAGACAUCAUACUGGCAGGCAUGCCCGCAGUGGAGCAAAUACAUCGUUAUUCGACCAUGCACGUUUUUUCUCUUCGCAGCAGGUGCCGACGUCCAAGGGCUUUCGAUAUUCAUCAGUAAAUGGCAACAGCGCACCCCAUCGGCUUUCCUCUAAACAAGAUGGUGACUAUGGCUACGACUUUGACGCAGAGGGUGCUGAUGAUGAACGUACACCUUUGGUGAAUGGCCCUAACGGACGUAAUAUUCGCUCCCGCCACGGUCGGCGACCUGGCAGUUCAAGCCUCCGACAACUAGAGUACAUGGAAGAACGACGCCGCGGAUGGUUCGCCCGAGCUACACUCUGCACACUCCUACUUGUCCUUGUCCUUAUCCUUGGGGCCGGAACCGCUGUAUUUGUUGUCGGUGUGACCAAGACGUUGACCAAUGUACAAAUUCGAGGGAUUCAGAACGUCCUUGCCUCGGAAGCCUUGCUCAUGAUGGACCUGGAUGUUCAAGCGGUCAAUCCAAACCUUUUCACUCUGACCGUCAACCACCUAGAUGUGAACAUUUUUGCGAAGAGCAAAUUCCUGGAAGUGGAGGAAAUGGAUUUAGGUGAAACGAGGCUUCUGCCUCGUACAGGCGAUAGCAAGUCGCGAGCUAUCCUUUCUCUCGCUUCGAGAGGGUUCGAUGUUGAGGCUGAGCAGCGACAAAGAGCUGAAGGAAAUGUUGACAAAGGCACUGACCCCAUCCAUGAUCCUUCUGCUCCCAGUCCACAAACUAUGCUACUGGGUCGGGUUUUCCAUCUUGAUUCCCCGCUUACGUUUACUCCUUCGCCCUGGAAACACCUUGCUUCCAACUCAACCGCUCAAAUCCGUGUCCCGAAACCGGGAAAUAGGACUGAGGAAGGUGGUUCUUUGCGCUGGGAGAAAAUCCAGCAACACCCCUUCGAGUUAAUAGUUAGGGGCGUUGUAAGAUAUGAGCUUCCGCUAAGUUCGAUAAUCCAGAGCGCGCCCGUCAGUGCAAAAGUUGCCGUUCUACCUGACAAAGGCAACGCAAAGCCAACUUCGACAUCGACCCUUACUCCGACCGCUCCCACAAAGACAGUCACAGCUAAGGCGUUCACAGAAACCUCGACCUCUUCAGUCACGCCGACCCUCUUACCUUGA